AUGGCUUUGCGUGGAAUCAAUCUCCCCCUUGCUUGGGUCGGUGCUGAAAAGAUCAUGGUGGAGGUAUUCCAGGAAGUUGGUCUCACCGACGCAGAGAUUGCGACUUUCCUCAGUGGACCUGCUUUCCAAGCCUGGAACCGGUUCGGAAAUAUCCAAGGCUCCUGGGGUGGCGAUUUGCCCACAGCAUGGAUUGACGAACAAUUCGCCCUCCAGAAGAAGAUUGUCGGCCGCAUGGUUGAGCUUGGAAUGACACCCGUACUUCCUGCUUUCACCGGAUUUGUCCCCAACAGCAUCACCCGUGUAUAUCCAAAUGCGAGCGUCGUUCGCUCAUCAUCGUGGAAUGGUUUCCAAACGCAGUAUACUAAUGAUUCAUUCCUUGAGCCAUUCGAUGAUCAUUUUGCGCCGUUACAGACCAGUUUCCUUCAAAAGCAGCAAGCUGCUUAUGGAAAUGUGACCCACAUCUAUACUUUGGAUCAGUACAAUGAGAUGGAUCCUUAUUCAGGAGAAUUGGAUUAUCUCCGCAAUGUCACCAGCACCACUUGGCAGAGCUUAAAAAAUGUUGACCCGGACGCGAUAUGGCUGAUGCAAGGUUGGCUAUUUUACAGCUCGGAGGACUUCUGGACGGAUGAGCGGGUGGAAGCCUACCUUUCUGGCGUUGAAGAUGAUAGCGAUAUGUUGAUCUUAGACCUUUUCUCCGAGUCAGAGCCUCAAUGGAGUCGAACGGACUCAUAUUAUGGCAAGCCCUGGAUUUGGUGCCAAUUACACGACUAUGGUGGCAACAUGGGCCUUUAUGGCCAGAUUUCCAACAUCACGCAGAACUCGUCUCAGGCUCUGAUCGACUCUCCUUCUAUGGUCGGCUAUGGACUUAGCCCAGAGGGCCAAGAAGGCAAUGAAAUUGUGUACGACUUGCUUUUGGAUCAGGCUUGGUCUUCGGCUCCCAUUGACACAGAGGAGUACUUCCACAACUGGGUGACUAGUCGGUAUAGUGGUUCCGGGUCUAUUCCGCAGGGACUAUACGAUGCUUGGGAGACUAUGCGAAAGCCUGUUUACGACAAUACAAAUCUCGCGGAUAUCGAUGCUGUGAUUAAGUCCAUUUUUGAGCUCAAGCCCGCCGCGCAGAGUCUCAUCAACAAGACUGGUCACCAUGGCACAAUGCUUACCUAUGAUUCUUCUGUGGUGGUACGGGCAUGGCAAUCCAUGCUCCAAGCUGCCAACUCCGAGCCAAAGCUGUGGACUAAUUCAGCCUAUCAGCACGACAUGGUUGAUGUGACCCGCCAGGUCAUGGCUAACGCAUUCAUCCCACUAUAUAGCAAACUGAUCUCGGGCUGGAAUUCAUCUGAGACGAGCAAAGAGAGCCUUUCAGAAAAUGGACAGAAGCUGAUCCAGCUUCUCUCUGACCUUGACUCUGUCCUUUUGACGAAUGAGAAUUUCCGACUCUCGACUUGGAUUGAUUCUGCUCGCUCCUGGGCGCAUGGCAAUGAAAGCCUAGCAUCUUUCUACGAGUACAAUGCUCGUAAUCAGAUCACACUGUGGGGUCCCCGUGGGGAAAUCACUGACUAUGCCUCAAAGCAGUGGGGUGGUCUCGUGUCCUCUUACUAUAUCCCGCGAUGGAAGAUUUUUGUGGAAUAUUUAGAGUCAACCACUGCGUCUUCUUACAAUACGACGGCUCUGGGAGACCAACUCUUGGGAUUUGAACUUGCAUGGCAGACACAAAAGUGGUCGGCAAAAUCAACUGAGGCGACUGACUUGAAGAAGGUUCUGACAGGGGUACAGCAACGGUGGCAAAGUGUGUUUACUGCGUGA